AGUCAUUCACUCAGUGGGGAGUUGCUCCAGCAAGUGGAUCAUUCAUCAAGGGAAUCCCAAGCACAGGGACAUCCUAGAGUCUACUGAUAGCAACUGCCUGCUGCAGGGACAGGUGCUUGGGACUAGCAGAGAAGAUUCCUUGGCCACUCUUUACCAGCAUUUUGGAUAAGACAGUAUAACUGGUGACCCCCUUUCCUGGAGAAGAUAACCUCUGUCUGAAGCCUCAGGACAUCCUCAGCAGACAUGGGCAGACUCACCCUCUUUCUAAGCUUCCUCUGUACACUGAGAUGCUUUUCUUUGUCGGUGGCAGACACAACAGCAGCUAUUAAUCCUACAACUGCUACUACUAUACCUACAACUGCUACUACAGCAAGUAAAGCUAUUGAUAUUGCUGCUAUACCAAGUGUGCCUUCCUCAACCCCUACACAAGUGUUAGUUACAUCAACAUCCAAGAGCACUGGUGUCUCUGGAAAGACAAUAAGUGUUACACCUGGUAAAUUGAGCACAAAAAUAACCACCACCUCUCCGAGUGUAUCUAGUGUCACCACUAACCCACCAAAGCUGGAUGCAACACCAGUAGCUGGUGAUAACCACACACAGCCAAAGGAUAAUGUUACCAUAGCAACAACAUCUGUGCAUCCCAUACUUAACACUAUGGCAACAACAAAAUCUAUAACAUCAGCAAAUACGACUGCCUCAGCCCUGAACACCACCAACUCCAGCAAGGACCUUUCAGUUCCCACAAUGCUUCCAGAAGUCAAGUCAAGUUCGAACACUACAUCUGAUCCAGGCACCAACACUACAGUCACAGAAAGUGCAGAAGAGAAACAAAAUGAUUCAACAUCUAUAAAACCCAGUGGUUUUACCUCUUCAUUUUCAACAUUGUCUACUCUUCCAAACAUUCUACCAAAGGGUGAUGGCUUAAGCCAAACUACAAUGAAAAGCUCUUAUUCCACAGCUGUUUCCAAACAACCAUCUAUUGCAAUACCUUCAUCAACCUCAAAAGUCAAAUUGACUGAAGAUGCUAUUCAGACAACCUGCAGUGAGAAUAAUGACAAGGAAACCCAGCCACUUCUAAAGUUGAAUGUGAAUGUUUCAAAGAUCUGUGACUCAGGAGUAAUGUUGACGUCAUCUGGAACUUCAGAGUUGAAUAAGAUAAAGAAUAUUAUGUGCAAUGCAGUCAAAAAUGGGUUUCAGCCGGACACAGACAAAUGUAGCAUCUCUUUGGUUUAUGAUAAGAAGACUUCAAGUGUUCUGGUCAAGGAUGUUACAGUGAAAUCAAGCUUCAAGUCAAUAGAGAUGUUCACAAAAGUGAAGAAUUCCAAAAAUGAGGAUGGAACACCAAUGUUCAGCUUUCAUUCACCUGAGCAAGUUGAUGAUGACACUCUGAGUAUGCCCUUGAUCAUUACCAUCAUAUGUCUAGCUGUGGGCCUUCUGAUUAUCGCUGCUAUUUAUGGAUGUUGGCAUCAGAGACAGACACACAAGAGAGAACAGAGACUCACAGAAGAACUCCAGACAAUGGAAAAUGGUUACCAUGACAACCCAACGCUGGAAGUGAUGGAGACAUCUCCCGAAAUGCAGGAGAAAAAGGCUGGGCUGAACGGAGAGCUAGGGGACAGCUGGAUUGUCCCCCUUGACAACCUGACUAGAGAAGACCUGGGUGAAGAAGAGGAUACUCAUUUAUAAAGAAAGCAAAGAGCAAUAUGACUGUCUGGGAUAUCCAGUGAUGUGUUUGUGUCACGUGGAUGAACAAGCCAAUAAUCAGUGCCUGAUAAAACUAUUUGACAUUUCUGUAAAGAACUGACUUUCAGUUAAUAAUCUCACCAUUGACCCCGAGACAUACUUCUUAAUUAUCCCAAGGCAUUUGGUGGACACAUUCCAAGAAUAACUUACCAAUGACCAACGACCAAUAUUUAUAGUUUCCCACUAUCAGUGGGGUGUUGUCCAUAAAAUUAGAAGCCAUACUGGAAAGAGUAUUGGAAGCCUUUUUUACCCACAAUGCAGUGUUGUAUUGGCACAAACAAAUACAUAAAAAGUUGAUAGUACUUUUAUUCUUCAUUGUAUACAGUAAAUGAAGGCGAUGGACUACAUACCAUCUAGUUAUACUGGAGUUUAUUUCACAAUGGGGUGAGAUGAAGAUCUAUACAAAAGUUUGGCUGACAGAACCUUCUUUGGCUUGGCUUGAAAGAAGGGGAAAAAUGGUGAAACCAUUUUAUAUUUGCAUUUAUUUGUAUCAUGUUAGUAUUUAGGUAAAGAUCAGAAACUUUAUUUAACUGGAUCUGUUUCUAAUGUGAAUAAGGUUUUUGUUAAGCCAGACAUUCUGCCUGAUACACACAACUAACAUUUCUAAAGUGAAUACUGUAGUCAAUUUAUCAAGCCUCUUGGGGUGUAAUUUGCCUUUUAUUUCUAAAAAGGGAAUACUUUAAGGUGAAUUCAGUGUAUAUAUGUAUGUACAGCACUAUAAAGAAAAGCUUUUCUUAGAUAUGUGAAACGCGUGCACAAUAUUUUUUAUUUUUUUUAAACACUGCCUUUAACCACUUGGCUGUUAGAGAGGAGCUUCAGGACAUUGCAACCUAGGGAUAAAGAAUCUGGGAAUUUUUGUGGUGUAGUAUAUAGAAUAUUAACCACUUUAAUGCCAGGUUAAUGUGCUGGGUAUCUCUGACUGUAUGGCAUAGUAUGUGCUAUAAACCUUCAAAAAUGAUUGGAACAAAAACUAAAUAAGUAAAUACUGUUACUGUAAAAUACAAAUCAUCAGUUAUUAAAGAAACUUGUAAGGAGGUUAUAAGAUGCUGAGGUGUAUUUAGCUAAAUCAUGACAUCAUGUUAGAAUAAACAUAUUCACUUAUCAGAAUUGAAACUGUAAAAGAGGUAGUUUAAAGCUCUAAACAAUUCUAGAUAUUUGUGUGUAUCUAGUAGAUGUGCAUUUCGGUUUUCAUUCACUAAACAAAUAAUGAAAAGGGCCACAGUUUGCUUCAUUUGUCUUUUUUUGGUGCUGGAUAUAUUCAUAGAAAACAGUGCAAUAUACAAAUAUCUAUGCAAACACAGAUAUUUAUGUGUUGCAUUUAUUUACAAAUAUAUCCGGUACUGAAUAUACCCAAACGAUGCAGACUGUAGCCAUUUUCAACAUUUAGUUAAAUAAUGCCGAAAUGCACGUCUAGUAUCUAUACACUAACAUUUAUUAGUGACUCUUUACAGGUGGCACCUAUAAAAUACUAUAUAUAUGUAUUAUAUGUAUGUAUGGGAACCCUUUGCAGUUAAGUAGAUGAAAACAUGAAAAAACAUAUUUAUGCAAUAAUCAUAUUUAAUUAACUGUUAUACAGUGUUUAUGCUGUAACUAUUUGACAUUCCAAUGUUCUGCAUGUAGCAGAAAAUGUUCUAUGUAUUUGUAAAUAGAUAUUCCUAUAUAUAUAUCUGUAUAUAGCUAUACCUAUAUAUAAUCAUGUAUAUAAAUAUAGGUAUAGAUAUAUAUUGUACCAAAAUACAAUCAGAUAUAAGUAGAAAUAUGUAUUUAUGAAUAAACAGAACAUUUUCUGCUAUGUGAAAAACAUUGAAAUGUGAAUUAUUAAUAUUUUCAUGUCGGGUUAGCACACUUGAGAAUAUGCGUUCGGGUUUGAGCAAGAGUGGGGUGUCAGUUUUUCCCCCCACUUUUUUUCUUCAUUGACUUCUAUGGAGAAUAGUUUAUCAAGCAAUAUUCUACGUCUGGCUUAUUGCAGGGGUCAGGUUAGUGAGUGAGCUAACUUUUUACCUUCAACUCGUAAUACCAGUGCAACUCGACAAGCACAAAAAGUUUACUUCUAGCACAAUUAACUCAACGAGAUCGCUCCGCUUGUAAUCUAGCCCUGAAAGUCUGGCACUCAUCUUGAUUAAACGCAGAAUGGAAGAGUUAGUUAAAGCAUUUGGCUAAAUGGAGAUAGACCUAGGACCACAUUAAGGUCUAUUCCUCCCUGGGUCCCUAACCUACAGCCACACAAUGCAUGCCUUAUCCAAACACACUGAGAUACAAACAAGGGUGACACAGACCCUUUGUAAUUUCCCUAGACACAUACAAAAAACGCAAAUGGACUACACUCUCAAACCGGACUGGAUACACAUCAAAUAACCCUGCAAAACUCACAGCCCUGGGUUCUUGCAAGCACUCACAGACAGCUGCACAGCUUUCAGGGACUCAAACAGUUAACCCCAGCCAAGCUUGGGUGCAAAGAGUCAUUGAAUGUGAAGCCGCUCGCCGCAUUUGGCAUAUAUAUAUGAAAACAUAGUCAAAAUUAAUGCAUCACUCACCGGAUUUUCAAAAGGUUAAAAAUUCACCUUUAUCAUAACAGUUUAAAAUUCCAUAUCCCCAAACGUUUCGGUGUCCGACUGACACCUUUUUCAAUGGGUAAAAAAUGAUAAAUGCGGUAUGAUUUCUACUGAUGUGUGUGUGUAUAUAUAUAUAUAUAUAUAUAUAUAUACACACAUGUAUAAAAUUAAAAUGCAGUCUUUAAGGGAACAUAAUACUUAUAUGCUAAAUCACUUUAAAGUGAGGCAACAUAACUGUAAGAUGCUGACAUGAAAAUAUCACCUAAACAUCUCUACUGUUACACUUCAGCUGCUGUCCAGCUGCAAGUUGAAAAAAAAACUCCAACAAUAUCCAAUCAGUAUCUGCAGUGUUGAGGUAAUGCUAUGCACUUGCUAUGAUCUCAUGAGAUUUUAUGAGGUUUCAUAGAACUUACUUAAAGGGACAGUCUACAAUAUAAUUUUUAUUGUUUUAAAAGAUAGAUAAUCCCUUUAUUACUAAUUUCCCAGUUUUGCAUAACCAAUAGUUAUAUUAAUAUACUUUUUACCUCUGUGAUUACCUUUUUAUCUAAGCAUCUUUUGACAGACCCUGAUCACAUGACUGUGACUAUUUAAAAUCUAUUGAGUUGCAUUAAGUACUGUGUUGUACUAACUGUUAAAUAACUUCCCUGGCGUGAACGCAUUGUUAUCUAUAUGGCCCACAUGAACUAUCAGUCUCCUGUUGUGAAAAGCAAAUACAAAAGCAUGUGAUUAAGAGGCUGUCAAUAGAGCCUUUGAAACAGGCAGACAUUUAGAGGUUUAAAUGUUAUAAAGUAUAUUAAUCUAACAAUGUUGGUUGUGCAAAGCUGGGGAAUGGGUAGUAAAGGCGUUAUCUAUCUUUUUAAACAAUAUCAACUGAAUAGGAAAAUAACAUGACUGUGCCUGCACAUGACAAAUGCACACUCUCUAGCUUGUCCUGGGACAAGAAUCCUACAUCAUUUGGGUAUCAGAUCCCUUUAAGCCAUCUAAAGAGUUUAAACAAGUGGAGUCAUACUAGCACUAAGAAAUGCACUCUAACUGCAUUAACCCAACAGUUUGUCAAUUAAAUAAGAGAUUUCCUGUAAUAUUUACACCUUCUUAAGAUAUGUACAUAUUUAAUGAAAUAGUAAAUUGGCCACAAAAUGCCAUAUUAAAUUGGCACUUUUGUUGGACAAAUCCUGUGAGCGUAAUUGUUUUGAUCAGUUUAUAUAUAGCUAUAAAUCCCUCUAUAUUUUAUGUAUAUUUUUAAUGUUUUAUUGCUUUAGACCUAUUUUCUUUUUAAAGCACAGUAUCAUAUAAAGAUCUCCUUUUUAUACGUGUCUUUUUAACUAUGUGCAAUUGUGGCAUUAAGGAAAAGGUAUUAAAGUAUACUGUGUAACACUUAGUUGCUCAACACGGCUCACAAUUUCCUCUUCAUAACUUUGAAAUAUAACUGUUUGGACUAGUUUCCUCCUCAGUUAAUAUUCCUUUAUCUAUUUCUCUACUUGUGACAACGGUUUGAAAAGAACCCACAAAAAAAUGCUAGACUUUUUAAUCUUGUAAAACGUUAGAAUGGGAAUCUUUGCGUUGCUGCCCUUUUUGGUAGCCAAGAGCUUAAUUAGACUACGCUGGAACAAUCUGUGAAACGCACUUCUCUUUAUUCCAUUUUUUCUGAUGUUUUAAUACCUAUUUAGAGACAUUUGUAGCUGUACAAUGCGCUGUAUGUACUGUAAUUGUAUUAUGUAAGUGCCAUACUAACACUUUAAAAAAUUAGGCGCUUUUGUGAGCUGCCCACGUCACCAAAUUAUUUCUUGCUUUAUUUUUAAAAGUACUAAUGUACUGUUUGUUCUAUGACUCAGCCUUGGUUAUAAGGAAUACAUUUUACUGUAAAAGAAUAUUCAGUACGAACUACUUGUGUGCGUCACAGAGCAAAAUGACAAAUAACACAGAUUACCUGUUGUAUAGGCUUGCUUUUGAAAUAAGUAGAACGCUAAAGAGCUUUUAUACUCAACUUGUCCUUAAAAAAAGGUGAAUUUACACAUUGCUAUGCACUUCCUUUAAAAAACUAAUUCCAACACACAUUUAAAGUUCCACACAAACCCCCAAAAAAUGAUAAGGUCCUGUGAGAAACUGCAUUUAAAAAUUUAUUGUACUCAUAUUUUUCUGUCAUCCAUGUGAUGAUAUUCAUAAUUAUUUAGCUUGAACGAAUGUGACCCCACAAUGCAGUGUGUUUAACCCUUUAGCAGGUUAAAGUACUGCUCUGGGGCCGCAGGGCACUGAUAGUACCAAGCAGACACAGUUGCUGACUCAGCAGCUGUGCGAUUACCACUGCUGAUUGGGUGACCAGUAAUUUCUGCUUGGGACCAGAGUGCUCUGUUGUUGUUAAACACAUAGAGCUCGAGUGCUGCAGUAUCAGUUGUGUGCCUAGUACUAAUGUUCAUUGGUUGAAAUGUAUGUUCUGCUAAUGCUAAGAUACUGAUACUGACGCCUGUAAGCUGAUGAAGUAGCAGAAAGUAUAACCUAUAAGCCAAAAGGCCAAUGCGUAUUAGUGGGAAGUGGCUGAUACUGCUGUAUUAGUUUUUAAAGUAAACAGCAUUUAUGUCACAUUUUGAGAAAAAACAGGAAAUGCAGCACUUUUAUAUAAUAAAAUAUAAUUUUAAUAUUAAUUUUUACCUUAGGAGCUGGCUUAUUUUUGGUUCAGAACCUGGGUUACGCUUGCUUAUUGGUUGGCUGAAUGUAGUCACCAAUAAGCAAGAGCUAUCCAGGGUGCUGAACCUAAAAUGGGCUGGCUCCUAAGCUUUACAUUCCUGCUUUUUAAAUAAAGAUAGCAAGAGAACGAAGAAAAAUUGAUAAUAGGAGUAAAUUAGAAAGUCUGAAUCAUGAAAGAAAAUAUUUAGGUUUAGUAUCCCUUUAACAGUAAUUAGCAGAAAAUAGAAAUGUAAAAUGUUAUGCAGCAACUGAUUACUUUUUGCAUAUAUGUUUGCUUGCAACCUGCAUAUAAUGUUUUAGAACAAUCAUAUAUGUAAUUCCAUCUCACUAAUUAGGACACAAAUGCUUCUAAUGGAUUAGAGGAGUCAACAAAUAUUAGAAUUCAGUUCACAAUUUCCACAUGGCAAACUCUAAAAGCACUGAAAUAAAUCCCUUCUAUACAAUGGGGCCCAUUUAUCAAGCUCUGAACUGAGCUUGUGGGCCCGUGUUUCUGGCGAGUCUUCAAACUCGCCAGAAACAGCAGUUAUGAAGCAGCGGUCACAAAGACCGCUGCUCCAUAACCCUGUCCGCCUGCUCUGACCCGGCGGACAGGAAUCGCCAGAAUUCGAGUACGAUCGGGUUGAUUGACACCCCCCUGCUGGCAGCCCAUUGGCCACGAGUCUGCAGGGGGCGUCGUUGCACCAGCAGCUCUUGUGAGCAUUCAGCGAGGUCUUGCGGACCUGAUCUGCACCCAUGAUAGGCCCCAAUGUGUUUUAAUCCAGUGUAAAAUGACCAUAUUUAAACACAAAUGAUAUGAAGGGCUGUAAAAGAUUUUACUGUAUUGCCUUUUAGUUCCUUUUAGUUGUAUAUUUGCAAUACUCAUUCAUAAAUAAUGCUUGUGCCUCGUAGAUAAACUCUGGUUAUGUAGUUAUGUGAGAUGAACAUAAAUAAACAUUCUUGAAAGUCAUAAAGUUUGGGAGGAGAAUCUGAGAAUAGCUUUAAUUUUUCCUUCCUUUAAGCAUUUAACUUUUAUUUACUAGGUCUAUUAGGAUCCCUUUAACUAUAUAUAUAUAAUGUUUUAAAUAAAAUUAAAUGAUUACCAUCAUAAACAGUAAACUGGUAAAGCUGUAAAGCAGGGGUGUCCAAACUUUGCUCUCCAGAGGUUUUGGAACUACAUUUCCGAUGAUGCUCAGCCAGCAUUUUAUCUAGUUGAGCAUCAUGGGAAAUGUAGUUCCAAAACCUCUGGAGAGCAAAGUUUGGACACCCCUGCUGUAAAGGAUGACAUAUGGGAGAGAUUCUGUAUAAUAUGAUAUUUAUCUUGAGUACUUAAAUGCAAGUUUACAAAGAUGUUAGGGUACGACGUGUUUCUUACAACAUACAAAGCCAGACUUCAGUUUUCAGAUCUGGAAUUGUGUGAAAGACGUUGACUAACCAUGGUUGUAGAACAUCAUUCUUUCUCAAGGACACACAUUUCAAGAAGAAUUUUUUUUCUGAAUAAACAAUAAUUCUAUGUAAAAGACCAAGGAUAUACCCUAUGUUACUAUUAGCCUUGUAUAUAUUAAGUUGUAAACAUAGCUACUAUUCACAUUUGUUAUGCCUUAUGGGAAGAAUUCCUUACCAGGAUAUUUGGAUAUUACAUACCAGAACUGCUUGUAAAUGCAGAUCUCGCAAUGCUUCAAAAUAUGUCAAGACAGUAAGAAUAUUAAACAGCAGUAGUGCUAGACUAAACACCUCAUUUUGACUCUAUUAGAUGACCAGCUCUACACCAGUUCCAUUAAGGUUAUGACCCAGUCCUCUCAGACCUAGGUUUAAAAAAUGGACAUUUUCAAUUAUGGUAUUUAUUAAGAUUUCAAAAUAAAUUGAGAUUCAGAAAGCAAGAUUUAAAAUUAAAAUCACCUGACCAUCUGUAAUACCAAUCUCACUUUUUUAAUAGUUCACUAGUAAAUCAUUUGGGGCAUUGACAUUUCAGACAAUUUUCUAUUCACCUUUAUAUUCAAUAGUAUACACAUUAUUAGUGAAUCUUGGUCUCUGUCUUUCGUAUUACACAUCUAAACUAAUUUAAUGUGCCUUGUAAAAUAAUUUACUUUUCUCAUGAAGACCUUGUAAAAACAUGUGCAAUGUGGUGCAGCCAUCUCUUACAGCUAAGGGGUUAUAUGUCACAAAUGACCUUUUUUCAUGAAACUGAGACAAUGGUAUUUAGAAAGGGAAGAAUUUAAUUGUUAUUGUUGCUUCUUUAAUUUCUGUUAUAUCUGUGGAUUGUACAGAGAAAUGUAUGUUGUAUUUUUUAUUAAUUUUUUUUCACAAAAUGAUCUAUUCUUAUGAGAACAGGAGUCUGUUAUACGCUGGAAUUGAAUGAAAACUGGAGAGUUACCAGAAACGUUUUUGUACAAAUUAUAUUUUGCACAAAAAAAAAAAUGUAAACCCAUAAUAAAGUUGUGAUCUAAACAGCUUUUUAUCUUUUAUAUAUAGAUAUUAUUGCAACUUUUAACCAAAAUCUUAUGCCUAAGAUCAUAAAUGUGUCCUAAAAGGGCCUAGUAAAAAGAAUAAACUUGUUAAAAUCAA